CACAUUUUUCGUGCCUGCUUCUUCAUCAACAGCUUGGAGCCGCUCGGGAGGAUGACGGAAAGCCUACUUUACCUAGCUUGACACAAAAAACGCGCUUCUGAGAACCCGGAUCGCAUCCGUGCCUUCAAAUAAGAGCUUGCUUUUCUCUCUCGUCUCCUCCCCCGUCCUCCCCCAUCCUCCCCCCAAUGCCUAGACCAAAAUCUCCCACAAUUCACCACCACAACCGUCUUUAUUUGUCUUAACGACACUUCCGAGAGAGCCAUUUUGACUUGCAUAUCUCCAGAGGGGUAGCACUCCAACUAAACAGGAUGGUCAGCAUUCUGAAAGACAUUCAGCAUCUUGUCCGGUAUGCCCACUGGGCGUACAUGGACGAUGACGGUGCUGAGUUCCGGUCGGCGGCUCAGGACUUAGAGGGUGAUGUCAACUACCGCAAGCUGAAAAUCGUGACGCCGUUUUUCAAGGACUUCAAAGCACUCACUCCCAAUACGCACGUCCAUUUAGGGGUCCGGAACGGCGACACUCUCGUCCUCGCCUUCCGAGGCACCGACUUCCCCUUCACCGUCGAGAACCUUGUGAAUCCCAAGUCGUGGUGGGGCUUCUGGGGCAACGUCGUGACCGACGUCGCCUUCCGAAUGGUCCAAAUCCACUGGCUUCCGGGGGACAACCCGGCCAUCCUUGCCCACGAUGGCUUCCUGGCCGCCUUCAACAACCUGCUGAAAGACGACAGAUUGGGAAGCUGCAUUCUCCAGCUCAUGGGAGAUCUGCCACCCUCCAAGAUCGAAGUCUGCGGCCACAGCCUGGGAGGCGCCCUGGCCACGCUGUGCGCGCUGUGGUGCAGGACGCGGUGGCAUUAUGCCAACAUCAAAUGCGUCACUCUGGGUUCCCCGCGCGUGGGCAAUGAGGCUUUCUGCCAGCGAUUCCACAGCAGCGCAAUUCUCUGCUACCGCCUGGAGAUGGACGGCGAUCCGAUUCCCACUGUUCCGGACCGCUUCACACAGGCGGUGCCCGGCAAGCUACCGGCCAACGACCCGAGUUGGACGGAGGGCGACAGGACAUAUGGCCAUGUGGGUAUCCCGAUCAUACUGCAUGGGGCUGGAGGGCGCGUGAUCUACAACUCGGUCGACUAUGAUGUCGAGCGGCCGGACAUUGAAGCCGAGAAGGACGCGCCGCCCCUCCCUUGGCAAUUCAGGUUGCCCUACGAAUUCGGCGGCUUUCUGCCCUACUGGAUUCUGCGAGGCUUGAAGAUGUUACCUGCUAUCUGGCAGUACCACGACCCAACCGGGUACGAGACGGUUGUGCAGCGGAUUUUGGAACGCACAGGUGAGACGAGCCAUGCUGCGUGCAAUGGCUCUGUGCCUUUAUCUCAACGCACUCCAACGCUCACUUCUCGACAUAGGAGCCCCAAUGGCUGGCAGGGUUAAUGUUGCGGCAACGAGCGGAUAUGGUGGCCAUGAAGGCAAAGUUGAAUUCCCCGUUGAACGUUCGGUGGUAGAUGUACGGGAUAAGUAGUAGUAGCUUGAUUAAGUUCUGGUA